UCUAUAAGUACCGCGGCGGCGUGUGUCGGAGCCAGAAGCGGAGACUCGCCCCCCUCGCGCGCAACGCACGCUCGCCCGCAGCCCAGUCAGGUGACAGCUCAGUGAUAACACACGCAAACAGUGAACGGGUGACCCCGACGAUCAGACGACUCUCACAUCUUCCGCAGAGGCUCAAAGUGACAUUUUUUUUACUCUUUUUUUUUAUUACUCUUUCAUCUUUCCCUGCGCUCGCAAAAAAAAAAGGAUUUAUUCUCAUCGACUGUUUUCCUUCUGGUUUGAGCGACGAUGCCAGCUGACACUAUGGAAAAGCAGACGGCGUCCCCUAUUGCCGGGGCCCCUGCGACCGGAUCACACACGCCGGACAAACCGAAAAAUGCCAGCGAGCACAGAAAGUCAUCCAAACCAAUCAUGGAAAAACGCCGGAGAGCGAGAAUUAACGAAAGCCUCGGGCAGCUGAAGACACUCAUCCUGGACGCACUCAAAAAAGAUAGCUCCAGGCACUCCAAGUUGGAGAAAGCAGACAUCCUGGAGAUGACAGUGAAACACCUGAGGAACAUGCAGCGCGUGCAGAUGAGCGCAGCGCUCUCAGCAGAUGCCACCGUCCUGAGUAAAUACAGAGCCGGAUUCAACGAGUGCACGAACGAGGUCACCCGCUUCCUGUCCACCUCAGAGGGGGUGAACACGGAGGUGAGGUCGCGGCUCCUCAACCACCUCUCCAGCUGCAUGGGCCAGAUGAUGUCCAUGAACUACCCGCAGCAGGUCCCGUCCCAGCAGGCGCAUCUGGCGCAGCCUCUCCACGUGCAGCUCCCAUCUACCCUCCCCAUCAGCGGCGCUUCCAUGGGCUCCAAGCUCAGUCCCGUCGAGGCCAUCUCCCCCAAGGUGUUUGGUGGCUUCCAGCUCGUGCCCGCAUCCGACGGACAGUUCGCUUUUUUGAUCCCUAACCCGGCCUUUGCCUCCGCUACGGCCCCGGUUAUCCCCCUUUACGCAAACGCAGGAGUGCCUGUCGCGGUUAACGCCAGCCCGGUGCACUGCAGCUCGGCGCCCACUGCAGCAUCUCCAGUCCACGGGAUGACGUCCUUCUCCGGGGGGUCCCAAGCGGUCAGCCCUGUGGGUGUCAGCACCGGCUCCGAGAGCAACGAGCCCGUGUGGCGGCCUUGGUAGCUCCAGGGACGAGAGACUCAUGCGAAACCAUUACUUUUUUAAGUGACUGCACACAACUGUUGCGGGGGAUCAACCUGUGACUUUUCCGCAGUGGAAUGGUAACUCUAACCACUUAAUAACCCCCAGUACUUCUCAUUGUUUCGUUUUAUGGAACAGGGGUUGCCUUAUAUGGCAGUUUUUCUAAUUUAUCGUCUGAGUCCAACAUUUGGAUGUCGGUGAUAAAAAUGCUGUACAUGCAGAAGAAAUAUAGGAGAUGUUUUGUCAUGAAGUACUUUUUAUGAAAAGAUUUUAGUUUUGUACAGAGUUGUUAUGAAUUGUUAUACCAAAGCUGUGUUUUAUAUUCUUUGUUGUUUUGUGUUGAAAAGAAAAAAAACUGAAGUUGGGCUUUGGCCCGUUGUUUUAAUAAAUGACUUUUCAGAAAUGAA